GUUAGCCUUGAAUUAAGAGUCUAAAGAUAUCAGCUUGUGCAGACCUCCGUCCAUUUUUUUUUUAAAAAAAACUACUUCCCUCUCAAUUGUCUGUAUAUAUGGAUCCAGUCCAAUGCUCAGUUGUAGUGAUCAAUGGCUGCGACUGUCCUCGAUGUGUGCAAGCCGCACCCACCACAACCUAUCACAGUGACCAACCCAUAUUGCACCAAGUAUUUUCUCAAGUUGUAAUUGAAAAUCAUGGACAUGCAGCCCUGGCCGGCAUUCGCGAGCGCUUACAGAAAAAUUACAUGCCCACGAUACUCCUAAUUGAUCUCGACACUUGUCCUCAUGCCAAUCAGCUGGUUCAUCCUUCUAUUAGUUUACUGCAAGAUGUGGUCAAGGAACUUAAAGCUGGAACGCUGCAUGAUGUUGCUCCUGUCGUAUGCUCGACCAACGACUCUGCCAAACUCAUGCUUCAAUGCAUCAAUGAAGGUGCUGCAGAUUAUAUAUUAAAACCUCUUCGCAAAGAUGUGCUGAAGACCAUGUUCCUAAAUCUUCAUCGAUAUCAAGUGGAUGGGUGCGAUACCCAUGCUGUCAGUGACUCCAGUUCUGGAUCUCAAACCGUUCAUGACCCAAUGAACGAUAACCUGGACAUGCCUACAGACCUAUUGUGGAAUGGUUUACAGCAGCAUCGACUCCGAGAGAUAUUUAUCAAAGAUUCCCGCUUCACACAUAUGUUUAUGACCUAUUACACUCCGCGAUCGGUCCAUUUGGCUGUUUCGAAAAUUGCAAGUGGCCGCGAAGAAAUUCUAAAGGCCAUGCUAUCCAGUGGAGACUUUUCACCUUUUGAGUUGGACGUUAAUGAUCUCAUUGAAUGCGUCUGUCUCAUUUUUGAGCAAGUGCUGGCACUUCCAGAAUUGUCCUCCUAUAAAAUUACAAAAGAGAACCUGUACGAGUUAAUCCUUGAUAUUUACAAGUCCUAUCACGAUACGAACCCAUAUCACAACUUUUCUCAUGCUGUGGACGUGUUACAAACCACCUAUUAUUAUUUGUGUCAAAUCGGCGUUUUAGAGCCUCUUUAUCCUUCUGCCGCUCGUGCACGAUCGAGACCAGCCUGCGUCUCUCAACUCCCGGUUCGUGACAUCAUACGACCAUGCGACAUCUUUGCUUUACUGAUGGCCAGUAUUGGACAUGACGUUGGUCAUCCUGGAGUGAACAAUAUGUUUUUGAUCAAUAUUGGAACCCCAUUAGCACUACUCUACAACGAUCGGUCGGUUUUGGAAAGUUUUCACACUAUGGCAUUUUUUCACAUUUUGAAAAAGCACGGUGUUGACCAAAUAUUGGGGGGUCCAAGGUCGGCUGCAUAUACCGACUUUAGGAAGUGUAUUGUCAAUGUCAUCUUGGCCACAGACAUGGGAUUACACAAUGACUACGUGGCCAAGUUUAGAGAUCAGGCGGAUAGGCUGAAAGAAAAUGGUCCCAUUGACCUAAGUGAUGAAAAGACGUGCGACCAGGAGAGAAUGCUUCUGUUCAGUGCCAUCAUUAAAUGUGCCGAUAUUGGCAAUGUGUCACGACCUUUCAAACAUGGAUUGCGUUGGGCAGAGGUACUGGUGGACGAAUUCUCCAGCCAAGGCGAUCUUGAACGAGAAUUGGGCCUGCCUGUUAUGCCUAUUAACGACCGUGGUAAAUUAUCACAAGAAGAUGUUCAAAUCGGUUUCAUCAAGCAUGUUGCGCUACCGUUAUUUGAAGUAGUGGAUAGUAUCAUCCCAGGCUUUUCAUUCACGGUAGAUGCCAUUCAGGAAAACCUGCAACAAUGGGAACAGCGCAAGUCACAACCUGGCAUGGAAGAUGUUCGAACAUCGAUGCAGACUAUCCAUACUAGCAUGGUGGAAGAAGCAAAAUCAUGCCAUGCUCAAGCUGUAGAGGUUAUUCAUUCCAUGGAAUCACGAAGGUCGUCUUCGGCCGCCAUAGCCAUGACCAGUCAAUAUGGCAUCCAGUCAUUCCAUAUUCAAGACGAUCCUGUGUUGAAACCCAAAUCUUCUGUUCGAAGUCUGACGGAUAUGUUUAGCAAGCAUAAACGAGAAGUCGACUGGCAAACUACUGAAUCUCCCUCGCCACUCUGUGCAUGCUGCCUUCAGUAAAUGGAGACUCUAGACGCUCCUUCCAGAAGGAAUGAACACUCCCAAAAAAAAAAAAAAGAGAUCAUCUGCUUGUAUGAAAGAUAUCAUUUGCCAACCUCUUGUUACAGUCUGAACAUUUUUCCUCUCUCUUUUAUUUAUUCUCAUGUGUAUUAAUUCCUUUUUUCCAAC